AUGUCACUGGCCCUCUCACCGAAAAUGAGGGAGAUUUCUGAGGCUUACCUUGGAUCAACUGUGCAGAAUGCUGUUAUCACUGUCCCUGCUUACUUUAAUAACUCGCAGUGUGAGGCUACAAAGAAAGCUGGUUUUGUUGCCGGCCUAAAUGUGAUGCGUAUUAUCAACAAACCAACUAUAGUAGCUAUUGCUUAUGAGUUUGACAAGAAGGUUGGUUGGUAUGGAAAAAGAAAUGUGCUGGUAUAUGACUUUGGUGGUGGUACAUUGGAUGUUUCUCUACUUGAGGAAAAGAAGAGGUUGGAGGUUGAGGAGAAGCGAAGAGUCGAGAAGGAGUAUGCAAAGCUAUGGGAAAAGCAUAAAUCAGAGCUGCUGGAGAAAGUAAAGGUUGGGAUAAUGUACAAAAAACUUAAGGAGAAACACCGAAAAGUUGAGGAGGAGUAUCAAAAGCUUGAUGAGACUUUGUGGAUUAUUGUGGAUUGUGGAUUACUGUGUUGA